UUGCGUCGAAUGGAUUCAAUGGUUCGAUUAUGCCGGUCUGACUGACGUUUGAAAAUAACCCUCGUUUAUUCGUAGGCGUAAUUUCAUUUAUUAUUUAAUCAUACUAAAUUUAUGGAUGGUAAUUGUCAGCUAGUAAUUAGUAGAUCGGAUCUGACCGGCAAUUAAAUCUAAAGUCAUCAUGAAAUGCGUUGUGCCAGGUGCCAAUAUCAAGAUUCUGGCAAAGGCCAUCCAAUCAUUGGCAAAAAUUGGGGAUGAGAUGUACGUGGAACCCCAAGAUAAUGGACUAUCAUUCAGGACAGUCAAUAUGGCUAAAUCAGCUUAUGCCAGUUUCAUGUUCUAUGACAAAUAUUUUUCAUUCUAUACUUUUGGGGAUUUGGAACAAGAAGAUGCUCUCAAAUGCAAAAUAGCCAUGCGAUCGGCGAUGGCUGUUUUCAAAUCAGCACACAUGUUGGAUAAGCAACUAGAAACCUGUCAUAUAGAAUUGGAAACUAAAAGCUGCAGGCUGGUUUUUAAUUUAAAAUAUAAAAAUGGCAUUACUAAAACGCAUUUUUUACCAAUUCUGGAUUGCCAAGUUUUACAGGCAGUAUUUUCGAAGCAGGAUUCUCCCAACAAACUGUCGGCACUACACAAGGUUUUGACAGGUGUAAUGCAAAAUUUCCAGCCCAAUCUUAUUGAAAUAACAUUAGAAGUAACUCCACAAAGAUUAUUGUUGAGAAACUACAUUGAUGAUACUUCAGAUUUGUCGAAAGUAACGAGAACGCAGUUGGCACUCGGAGUCGGAGAAUUCGAGCAAUACAAAAUCAGAACCGAUACCUCAAUAACGUUUUGUGUAAAAGAAUUCAAAGCUGUACUCAAUUUUGCGGAAGCCGUUUCUUCACCAAUUUCGAUUCACUUUGAAAAAGGAGGAAAACCUGUGAUAUUCGUGAUCGAAAGUCAAACGUUUGAAGCAAACAUUGUUAUGUCCACAUUGAAUUCGGAAACAGAUUCUCAGUCCGAGAUAUCAUCCGUCCGUGCACUAGAACGAACUCUAGUUAAAAAAUCAGCGGCCAACAAGCGCGCAGCUAAGAAAACGACUCAGCCUGUCAAUCGUAGAACAAAAAAAAUAUCAGGGAAAUUCGAGAGAAUGACAAAUACAAAUACAAGUAAGCCAAUGGCAGUCACCAACCUCGAUCAGAGCAGAAACAGCGAUAGCAUCCACCAAGAAGAACCAAUGGCUGUUGAUUCGAACGAUAAUGGUUUGGUUGUAACAAAUGCUGAUAAUAUAUUGGGUGAUAAUAACAUAAAUUAUCCCGACAAAAAUUCUGAAACAAGUAGUAUAGGUAAGCCCAGUUAUUCGAAAAAGCAGAAUAUAUUUUCCAGCAACGCAAGCACAGUUUCAGUUUCUAAGGCUACAGUGAACUCAGUAUUUUCAACAAUUACAAACAAAUCAAAUACUAACCCUCCGGUAUUACCUGUCAACGAAGAUAUUGUGCCGAAUUCGCCACCGAAACAUCCUACUAACACAGCAAGGGUAAUCUUCAAAAAAUGCUUUCAAACAACAUUUGAUCCAAGAAUGCUUCCUGGGCAUGACGUUGUCUUAGUUGAAGAUACAGAUGAUAGCGAGUGAUGUAACAAUAAUGGAAAUUAUAUGUAAUUUAUAAAUAAAAAUAUUUGCUAAACA